AUGCUUCUUGGAAUGCCACUGGCCAUUCAAAUUUGGUUGUACGAGUAUUGUUCGAACGUGCCUCGUAAUGUUGCUUCUAAGGUGGAUUCUCAAAUCCCACGUAUUUUGAAUUGGAAGACAAAUUCUCCUCAUCCAAGAUAUGAAACUCUUAUGGGAAGUAUGUUUGAUGAUACAGAUGACAAGAAUAUCGAGCCAACAAGAAAGGAGAUUUCAGCUUUUCAUAUACCGAAGAAGCUUGUUCCUGAAUCUGCUAGUCAUAAUGAAGAUAACAUUGAUUUGGAUGAUGAUUUUCAGGAUCCUCCACAAAGACAAGAUCAGUUUACCACAAAGAAAAAAUAUUAUGGCGAUUCAUCAGCUUCGCCUGUAAAGAAAAAAUUGAAGCCACAUCCUAAAGGUGUAGAUGAGCAGACAUCAAAAUGGACCCCUCCACCCCGUGCUGCAAAGAUGCCUUUUGUUAGGAUUCCAAUUCACAAGCCAAUUCAAACAAAAAUUAUGCUACGUGGAAAUAGGAAAGACAUAAACCGACCUGAUAGUAAAAAAUCUAUUCCAGUUCAGUCACCUGAUCCGUCUUUGUUCAUUUCUGAAGAUGAAGACGAUAUUUUCUCGAAGAAAGUCUCUGAUAAGUUUUGUGAAAAGAAACAAGCAAAAGCCAACGAAUCUGAUCAGCCUCCAGCGGAUGAAAAUGUUAAGAGUACAUCACCCCAUCAAGCGACUACAAAGUUUGUUCAUGAGUUUAAUAAGAAUCCUGAAGGCACAUUGGUUGCCGAAGAGAUGGCAGGAUAUCAAAGCAACAGUAUGAAUGAUGUGUAUAAUGAGAUUGAUGGGUAUAAUGAGGAUAAUGACAUUGUUCUGGAAAAAAUUGAUAUAGAUGUGCAUGAAGCAAAAGAUGUAUGUGUCGCUCCGAACACAAAAUCCGUUGACGAAAGAAUUGGUGAAGCACAAAUAUCAGAAUCUCAGUUCACAUUUUCAGAUGACGUCCUUAGAAGCAUUGAUCUUGACUCCAUAACAAAAGCCAAUGUCGAAGUUGAAGAUGAGUUGAAGAAUAAAGAAGGUGCAAUCGAGAUGAAUGUAAAUACACCAGCGGAACAUGAGUCAGAGGUUAAUGAUGUGGAUAAAUCAAAGUUAGCUCAGCAACAUAAGAGGGCAGUCCACAUUCCCGCGGGAGUAAAUGAUGAAAGCAAUGCUGAUCAAGAUUUUUCUGACUCUCAGAUCACUCUUUCGGAUGAGCUUCUUCCCAGUCUUCAUGCGUAUGUCAAUCUUGAACGAAGUAUAAUUGUACAUCCAUCGACAAAUCAAGCACAACAAAUGCCAAUGCAUGUUUCAAGGAUUAGGCGACCAUCUAGAUACAAUGAGUCACCAUUCACAAUGAAAUUUGGUUCAGCAGAUGGUUAG